CGCACGCGCAGAGGGCGGCUCCGCGCAGCGCCCGCCUGGCAGGAGGCGGGAAGGGGCAGUGCGCAUGCGCCCGGGGCCGCGGCGGGGAAAACGGUUCGGUAACGGCUGGGCGGCAGCGCUGAGGAGGCGUUGGGGCGAUAAUGAAACGCCACCACACAUCUUCCAGUAAAACGGGGGAGACCCCUGGUGGGGGAUCAGCAAAAAAAGCCUUUAAAUCACAAAAUCAACAACGGCUUUCCAGCAAAAGAAAGGGAACAGAUGUAGAAGGAAGAAAACAAGGUCAAAAAAGACAGGUCACCCAGACAGUCAAAAGGAAAGCUAACGAACACGAGGACUAUUCCCCUGCAGGAGAAAAAGGUUCUUCAAAAAAGGUGAAGCUAACCAAUGCUAAAACGGGAUCUUGGCAGACUCUCUCAGAGAGCAGUAGGCAGUUUCUGGAAACUAUGAUGGAUUCAGCAAUGCUAUCCGUUUUGUGCCAACAAAGUGUGAAAAAAGAUGACGUUCAGAAGCACCUCAAUUUACUGAAAGAAAAGGUGCUGAGACUUUUCAAGACUUUGAAGGUGCCUCCAAGGAAGCUGGGCAACCUAAAGAAAAUCCCGAGCCUUCAAAUGGCAGAGAAACAAAUGCUUGAGAUAAACGAAGAGUCUUUGGUACAAUUGCAGGAAGAAAUAAAUGAAGCGAAGCGAUCAGCAGAACUCGCUGAAGGAACUAUAGAGCAGCUGCAGGACAAAAUCCAGAUGCUCAAGAACCAGUUAGAGGAAGAUGAAGAAAAGGCCAGGAAGGUAUUCCAGGAAAAUAGCAGCAGAGCACUCCACCUUCCAGAACUCCCCAAGUGCAGUUUCGAGGUACCCACUUUGCAGGAAGAAAUUUUGAAGAUAAAAAAUCAGAAAGGACUUUUAAAGGACAUGAACACUAUUCAGCAGUCAGCUGACUUGAAGAACAUGUUAACCCUCAUUGAAAAGACCUAUGAGAAGGUGGACUUCCUUUGAGAAACCAAAAUAUAUGGGGUCUUCUCCUUUGGAGAACAUAAUUUAUGCCAGCACUUUGCCUUAAUGGAGAGCAGCAGGAUGCUCCUCAUGGAAAUGAUAUUUUCUUCCUGAUGGCUUUGCUGUUGUGACUGCAGAAUUUCUGUUAAAACAUUUUUCUAUGAAUAUUGGUAUGUAGAUCUGUAAAUACAUUCAGAGAAUCUAGUGAUUGAAGUGAUCAAUCAAG